AUGAAUAGUAGUAGAGAUAGAAGGAAUCUUGAUUUAAAAACCAGUAUUAUCGAUACAAACAUUCCUUAUAUAGACAAUCCUCCAAAAAAUAAUCCUAAUAUUAAAAACAAUACUUUGAAAAUAAACCGUGAUACUUACAAUACUUACACUCCUCCAAGACCUCCCUCCCGUUCCAUAACCACUAGUAACUAUAGUACCGCUUCUUUCAUGCAACGUGGUAAUUAUGAUAAUGUUCACCAACGUUGUGGUGACUUUGUAAUAGAUAUAGAACCCUAUCAUCCUGUGACCUCUUCCGGUGGUGUUUCUUCUUAUAGUACCGGUGGUGCUGCCACCAUGUCCACUAAUUUGUCCUCUCAACCUUCAACUACUUUAUUUACCACCACAAAUACAAAUUCUACUACAUUCGAUGGUAAUUUGAACAAAAAAUUACGUGAACUUGAAUCUCAUAAUC